GGACUCUUGGAGCAAUCGCCAAACCAAUCAGACCCCGACAGCGUCACCCCGCGUUUGGUAUUUCCACCAUAGCCCCCACCCCCACCACCACCGCUCCUCACUGAACACUCAGCACUGGCGACCGUCGACCGGAGGAAGAAGAGAGAAGACGAUCUCUCUCUCUCUCUCUCUCUCUCUCUCUCUCUCUGAGAAUGUAGCUGGUAGCCAAGACCUCACUUCACACCUUUAAUGCCGGAUGAUCAUCCCCCAAGCCCACCAAAAUUAAAAGCAGUUUUGAUUUUACUGUUCCCUCGCUUUUUCUUUUGUUCUUCUUAGCUUAUUUUUGACCGCCAUAAAUCGUGGGGAACUAUAAAUCAUUGCUCCUCAUCCUUUUGUCGGGCUAAAGCUAGGGUUCAUGAAUCCCCUUUUGUUUAAUCGCCUUCCGCAAAGCAAAAUAAUCAAUAUCCAAAGCCGUUUUAGGGUUUCCGAUCGGACUGUUACCGCAUCCUUCUUGCUCUUAACCCUGCAGUUUUAGGGUUUCUGUUCGUUGUUCGAUUCUGAUUUUUUGAUUUGAGGUAGAAUGUGGUGAGAAAUGAGGGUUGUGCUGCGCGCGAGAUGGGGUGUGUGUUCGGGAGAGAGAUUUCGUCGGAGGCGGUAGAGAACGGGAAGGCGGCCGAGAGGGUUGAGAGGGGUUCGACGGUGACAGUUCCGGCGUCCUCGGCGAGGGUUGCGCAGGCCGAAGCCAGGGAAGUGCAGAAUGGGGGUGAGGGGAAGGAGGAUGAGAAAGAUGGGAGUGCACGACCUACGAGGGGGGAGAGGCGGCGGUCGUCUAAGCCAAAUCCGCGGCUGAGUAAUCCGCCGAAGCAUGUGCACGGGGAGCAGGUGGCUGCUGGGUGGCCGUCGUGGCUUUCCGCGGUUGCUGGGGAAGCUAUCAAUGGGUGGACGCCUCGUCGGGCAGACACUUUUGAGAAGCUUGAUAAGAUUGGACAAGGUACGUAUAGCAAUGUGUACAAAGCUAGAGACACUUUGACGGGAAAAAUUGUUGCCUUGAAGAAGGUACGGUUUGACAAUUUGGAACCCGAGAGUGUGAAAUUCAUGGCUAGAGAGAUUCUCAUUUUGCGCCGCCUGGAUCAUCCUAAUGUUGUAAAACUGGAGGGUUUAGUAACUUCAAGAAUGUCGUGUAGUUUGUACCUUGUAUUUGAGUAUAUGGAGCAUGAUUUAGCUGGGCUUGCUGCAAGCCCGGGAAUUAAGUUCACAGAGCCCCAAGUAAAAUGCUACAUGAAUCAGCUUUUAUCAGGGCUUGAACACUGCCACAACCGCUGUGUGCUUCAUCGUGAUAUCAAGGGGUCAAACCUUCUUAUUGACAAUGGAGGCAUUCUUAAGAUUGCUGACUUUGGAUUGGCUUCGUUUUUCGAUCCUAAUCACAAGCAGCCCAUGACCAGUCGUGUUGUGACACUUUGGUACCGACCUCCUGAGCUUCUUCUUGGGGCCACUGACUAUGGUGUCGGUGUGGAUCUAUGGAGUGCUGGUUGCAUUCUGGCUGAGUUAUUGGCUGGGAAGCCUAUCAUGCCUGGUCGUACAGAGGUGGAGCAGUUACACAAGAUAUUUAAGCUAUGUGGUUCUCCAUCCGAAGAAUAUUGGAAGAAGUCUAAGUUACCUCAUGCAACCAUAUUUAAGCCCCAACAAUCAUACAAGCGUUGCAUCACAGAGACAUUCAAAGAUUUUCCUCCAUCAUCCUUGCCACUAAUUGAGACUCUUCUUGCAAUCGACCCCGCUGAACGUCAAACUGCUACUGCUGCAUUGAGGAGCGAAUUCUUCAUAACCAAACCUUAUGCUUGUGAUCCUUCCAGUCUUCCAAAAUAUCCUCCCAGCAAGGAGAUGGAUGCUAAGUUACGGGAUGAAGAAGCAAGGAGACUGAGAGCUGCUAACAAAGCUAAUGCUGAUGGCAUGAAGAAAACCCGUGCGCGUGAUCGAGCUGUAAGGGCAAUUCCUGUUCCAGAAGCUAAUGCUGAGCUACAAACCAAUCUUGAUAGACGGCGUCUAAUAACACAUGCAAAUGCAAAGAGCAAGAGUGAGAAGUUUCCUCCCCCACACCAGGAUGGAACACUUGGAUACCCCUUGGGUUCUGCACACCACAUCGAUCCAGCAUUUGAUCCUCCGGAUGUUCCAUUCAGUUCCACGAAUUUCACAUAUUCAAAAGCAUCCAUUCAAACUUGGUCUGGUCCAUUGGUGGACCCUGCUGCUGUGGGUGUUCCGAGGAGAAAGAAGGAGUCGCGUAAAGAUAAGAAUUCUGCUCGGAUAAAGUAGAUGAUGAUGACAUACAUGUAAUAUAAGUUCUGGUUUUACAUGAGACUCUUAUGGGGCUUUGAUGUUACUUAAGUCUGAAUCAGAGCACCUUAAAUCCGGGCUGCGGAAACCAGCAGUUUAAUUGCAUGAAGAGGUAAAAUGUCUUGUAUUUGAUUUUUUUUUUCCCUCAUUUUUUUCCUCAUUUUGGAUGGUGCAAGCAUCUCUCUCUCUCUCUCUCUCCCUCCCCCUGUAUAUCUUGAUUAUUUAUCUUUUUGUGUUGAAAACCUCUUUAUGUAGAUUAGAGAAAUAAAUUUGUUGUACCCAGGACUUGUUCUCUAUUCAAAUUUUCCCUCUAAUGUUGUUAAUGGUCAUGCAUCCGUAUCUUCAGAUA